GUGGUGCUGCGGGUUUUUGUGUUGAUUUUUGCCAAGCUGCUGGCCUUCGCGAAUUUCUUUACUUCUUUUUUUGUGUGUCUUUCCCGUCUGUCCGGAUCCGGAUUUCGUCGGUUUUCUCGUAAUUGGCGUCAUCCGGCGCGGCUUUUCGUGUAAAUUUGGUGAUCAGUGCAGCAGCAGAUUGGCAAUAAGUGUAACAACAAAAUCGUCGAAAAGAAAAUUGGCGGAGCAAUUGAUGAUAGUGGUGGCAUGUGAGAAAGCGAAACGAGUGAAAAAAAGAGUGACUUUUGAGGUCAGUGAAAAUGUUGUUUUUUUUCGGUUUGGUGAUUUGAGAAGCGUUUCGUAAAAAAAAAGGAGAGUGAGAGGUGAAAUAAAUUCAAAUAAAAAAGGAAAAGUGCUUUUGGAUUUUUCGAAAGGAUCAGGAUCAGAACGACAACCAACAGCAGCAGCAAGCCGGAUUGUUCCACGGAUUAUGAGCUCAAGCCGAUUGCCGAAAUUUCUGAAACCGGAUGACGAUUCCUUCUCAUCAGAACGCGACGCCGCCCCGGCCGAUGAUCACGUAACCUCGUUCGUGUUCAACGCCCACCAAUCGCUCAACCUAGCGGCCCAGCGGGACCGGCUGCCGAUUCGGGCCUACCGCGACCAGAUCCUGUACUGCCUCGAGCACUACCAGACGCUGGUGCUGGUCGGCGAAACCGGGUCCGGCAAGAGCACGCAGGUACCACAGUACCUGUACGAGUUCGGAUGGCACACGAAGGGCCUGAUCGGGGUGACCGAGCCGCGGCGCAUCUCGGCCAUCACGCUGGCGGACCGCGUCGCGACGGAACGGGGCGAGCUUAGCGGCGAAACGGUCGGGGUGGCGAUCCGCUUCGUCAACAAGUGUGACCCGACGGUGACCCGGAUCAAGUACAUGACCGAGGGCAUCCUGCUGCGGGAGAUGCUGGCCGAUCCGUUGCUCACGCAGUACAGCGUCAUAAUGGUGGACGAGGCCCACGAGCGGAGCACGUUGACGGAUACGGCGCUCGGGUUGCUGAAGAAGAUUGCCCGGAAGAGGCCGGCGUUGAAGAUUAUUAUUUCGUCGGCGACGGUUGAUGCGGGGUUGUUUUAUGAUUUCUUUAAUCUUAAGAAGAAGAAGGAUGAGAAGGACACUUCGGUAAUUUUGACUGUUGAAGGGCGGAUGUUCCCGUACGAGGUGUUUUACUUGGAGGAACCGUGCCCGGAUUACGUGAAGGCUACUGUGGAGACGAUCAUGAAGAUUCACCGCACGGAGCAGCGUGGUGACGUUCUUGCGUUUCUAACCGGUCAGGAGGAAGUCCUGAAAGCGUUGGAUUUGCUGCGGGAGCAUCAGGAAGCCAGCGGAAAGGAGGACAUGAUGAUACUGCCGAUGUACGGAACGUUGCCGAACACGGAUCAACUGAAGGUGUUUUUCCAUGCGCCGAAGGGAGUGCGAAAGAUUAUACUGGCGACGAAUAUUGCGGAGACGUCGGUUACGAUUCCGGGGAUCGUGUAUGUGAUCGAUUGCGGCUUCGUCAAGCUCAACUGGUACUCGGCGGAAAGCACAACCAACAGCUUGGUGGUCGUCCCGACGAGCAAAGCGGCCGCCGAGCAGCGAGCCGGUCGUGCCGGCCGCAUCCGCAGCGGCAAGGUGUUCCGCCUGUACACCGAGGAAGCGUGGGAAAAGCUUCCGGACCACACACCACCGGAGAUGCGCCGAACGGACCUCUGCAGCACGGUGCUUUACCUGAAGGCGCUUGGGAUUGAUAACAUUUUGCGGUUCACGUUUCCUUCGCCGCCUCCGGCGAAGAAUCUGCUUGCGUCGCUGGAAACGUUGUACGCGUUGGAAGCACUGGACGAGCAGGGCCAGUUGACCACUCCGGUGGGGUACUUUUUGGCCGAGAUGCCGAUUGGACCGAUGCUGGCGAAGAUGCUGUACAAGGCGGGGGAGAUGGGAUGUUCCGAGGAGAUUCUGGUUAUUAUCGCCAUGCUGCAGGUUCAGUCGGUUUUCUCGAAACCGUCCAGUGGACAGGGCGCGAUUCGUGCGAGGGUCGCUAAGCGGAAUUUUGAAGUGGCCGAGGGGGAUUUGAUAACGCUGUUGAACGUCUACACCGCGUUUGUUGAGGAUGGUCGGACAAAGGAGUUCUGCGGAAGGAACUUCCUGAUUUACAGAAACCUCAAACGAGCGCACGAAAUCAAGACCCAGCUCUGCUCAAUGCUUGAACGCGAGCUCAACAUCCCACUGCUGUCUUGCAACGGGAACGUAGAGAUCAUCUGUCGCUGCAUCGUGGCCGGAUUCUUCCCGUACGCGGCCUACCUUCAUCACUCCGGUGUCUACAAAACUGUUCGAGGAAAUACCGAGCUGUCAAUCCACCCGAUCUCCGCGCUCUACACCGAAACCCAGCCUCAGUGGGUGAUCUUUUGUGAGUUGUUGCACACCACCAAGCUGUUCAUGAAGGACAUCACCGUGAUCCGGCAGGAGUGGCUUACGGAACUUGCUCCACACUACUAUCACAAGGUUACGGUGAGGAAUGAUUACUGAAUUGGGAGUUUCGGAUGAUGAUUGAAUUAAAUAAACUUUUUAACAAACCUUAAAAA